AUGGUUGUAUCUUUCACGGGGAAACUACUUGAUAUAUUACAUCACUGUCUUCCUUCAACUAUAACUGAACUAGAUCAUGCUCUAAGUGAUGGCGUAAGUAGGGGUGGAAGACAAGCAUUGGAGUGGAGAGCGUCAAUUGCUAAACAUUUCAUUGAAGAAUGGGAAUGGCAGUUGUCAAUUUUGCAGCGUCUUCUUUCGUUAUCUGAAUGCCAGUGGAAGUGGAAGGAGGCAUUAACUAAGAUAAAGCUGAGGCCCAGCCAAAGGGAAGAUCUGGAAUUACCAUUAUUUGACUUGGCCGCUGUUGGAUUUCAGGGUACACUGAAAGAUGGACAAGACAUGGCUGUGAAGAGGCUCUCAAAACAUCCUAGACAAGGACUCAAUGAGUUGAAGAAUGAGGUUACACAUAUUGUCAAACUUCAGCACAGGAAUAUAGUGAAGCUUCUGGGAUGCUGCAAUCGAGAAGAUGAAAUGAGCUGA